CGGGACGGAGGAGCCAUAAAGAGCCGGGGAGGGAGGGCAGAUUUCUCGCUGCCCAAUCCCCCUGUUCCCCCGGGAGCAGCAGCCUUCCUCGGCCCGUCCCUCCCUCUUGUUUGCUAAUCAUUUCAUUUUACCCCCUUUUUGAAGCGCUGCCUGUUUUUUUUUUGUCCCACUUUUCUUUUCCACUCGGUCCGCGGCGCUCGCCUGUCUCUGAUCCCGGAUCCCCGGACUCUCUGCCCGGCCCCUCCGAGAUGUUCUCCGCGCUCCUCCAGCUCCGACCCGCGGCUGGGAUCUAAACCAAGCCCGCUGAAACCCAGAGGAAUCCGCGGCUCUUCUCUGGAUCAGGACCCGGCACUUUGAGGAAGCUCCAUCCCCUCCUCCUCCCUCUUCCUCCUUCACCCCUCCUCUUCAGCACUCCUCUUUUCUCCACCUUAAUCCAGGUGGUCCUCUGGCUUCUUUGAGCGGCUGGUACAGGGAGGAUUAUUCUUCAUCUUCUGUCUUGUUUCUGGUGAAGACAAAGCUCCCAGAAGGACAAUCUGAUGUUCUCCAUCCAGGACAGCCUCCCCCGGGGGGCCCUGACCAUGAAGGAGGAGCCGCUCCCCACCGGCAUGACCCCGGUCCGCUCCUGGAUGCAGGGCGCAGGGAUUCUGGACGCCAACACAGCGGCCCAGAGCGGCGUUGGACUGGCCCGGGCCCACUUUGAGAAGCAGCCUCCAUCCAACCUGAGGAAGUCCAACUUCUUCCACUUUGUGCUGGCGCUGUACGACCGGCAGGGCCAGCCGGUGGAGAUCGAGCGGACCUCCUACAUAGACUUUGUGGAGAAAGACAAGGAAUAUAACGGAGAAAAGACCAACAACGGGAUCCACUAUCGCCUCCAGCUGCUCUACAGCAACGGAAUCCGAACCGAACAGGAUCUUUACGUCCGGCUCAUCGACUCUAUGACCAAACAGCCGAUCCUGUAUGAAGGUCAGGACAAGAACCCAGAGAUGUGCCGCGUCCUCCUCACCCACGAGAUCAUGUGCAGUCGGUGCUGCGACAAGAAGAGCUGUGGGAACCGGAACGAAACGCCUUCGGACCCGGUCAUCAUCGACAGGUUCUUCCUGAAGUUCUUCCUGAAGUGCAACCAGAACUGCCUGAAAAACGCUGGGAACCCCCGGGACAUGAGGCGGUUCCAGGUGAGCGCCCGGCGCCAGGUGUUCUGGUCGG